CUGAACAACGGAUGGAAGACGCCAGUUUGCUGCUUGAGAUAAAUAUAAAAAUUAUUAUUAAAAUUACGGAGCUCGCAACUCGCAGCAAGGAGUAAAGGAUCAUCUUCGUGUUCGACAUAGUGCCGGGUGUCUGAGAAGCAACCCAAAAUGACCAAAAAUUUAGUGUUAACCGGAGCAAUAACUGUGGCUUGCGUUCUGUUGCGCGAUUGCUUUGCACAGGCGAUAGCAGUUCCUUUGCAAUCGACUGCGCUUGGAACUCAGUCGCUAAAAACAGUUUCUGCACUUCAAAGUCUGCACACUCCUGCAGCGCCUUUAGCUAAACAUGCAAUAUUAGCUCCAGUAACAGUGCAGUCUGCUACGGCCACCACGUCACAAGGCAUUCACACUUUUCCUUCACUACAGCUGCAAAAGUUAUCACCGUUACCCAUGAUAGAACCUGGUAGUUCCUUAAUAACUGCAAUAGCGACAAAAAAACCUUCUGCUGCGCUUUCACCAUCAGCAAUUGGACUCUUUGUGCCGCUUCGUUUAACGGCAACAAUGACUCAACCACCGCCAGUAGCUACGCCACUUCCAGUUGCAAUACCUCAAAACUCAUCUGCUAGUACUAUUUCGUCUCCGGAGCUUGCCUCAGCAACCCAUACUUUGGAUUCGAACUCAGUAAAAUCUGCCACAUUUGCUACUCUAUUUUCCACCGAUGCUCCAGCCAUGAAAAUGGGUACAAAACCGCCUCUAUCACAUAAGACUCUACUAUCCAUCCAUGAAAAAAAGAAGUUCGGCAAACAUCCAAGCUAUAGAUUUAAAUCGAAACACCGUUCUAAAGCUACAAAGAAUAAAAUGACUGCAUUCGAGGCAUACUCGAAAAAACGGGUACGAAACUCUAAAGAAGAUUCGAGAACUUACUUUUCACCAGCUGUUUUUGUGGCUCCAGCGCCAAUAACUUAUUCGCCUAACUCAGUUAAGGAAUCCACUGGCUUACCACCUUGCGGUUUCAUCGUUAUUAUGCGUGCAAAUGGCGUUUUAGAACCGUUAUUACGGCUGCCACUUCGUCAGUGAGCUCACACUAAACUUCUAGUGCUAUAAGUGAUUCUUCCUUUUUAUGUUAAGUUACUGUUUUAUAUUUAAGAAUAAAAUGCAAAACAAAA